CCGCCCCUCACGAAAUACCGCAUCACCCACGCCCCUGCAGUGCACUCUCUGAGCCCUCCUUCCCCCACCUGGGUACUGGGUCUUAGGGCUGGCCACCAGCCAGAUGGGCAGGGCCACUGAGGUUUUUAUAACAUAACCCUUUAGAGAUUGGUUGUGCCAAAGGGCAGGGCCUUCUUAUACCUUCCACCACUUCUGCCCCCGGUUAGUUGUGAGGAGCAUGGGGACAGUGGUAAGAAGUGGGUCCAGGGUCCUGCUGUGGGUGCCCUGUCUGCUCCUGGCAUUCCCUGCUUCAGCCCCUGGGCCUGGGGUCACACAGCCUGAAGUGGACACCCCCCUGGGCCGUGUGCGAGGCCGGCAGGUGGCCGUGAAGGGCACAGACCGCCUGGUGAAUGUCUUCCUGGGCCUCCCGUUCGCCCAGGCACCUCUGGGGCCUGGCCGAUUCUCAGCCGCACGCCCAGCGCAGUCCUGGGAGGGUGUGCGGGAUGCCAGCAAUGCCCCUGCGAUGUGCCUGCAGGAUCUGGAGAGAAUGGACAACAGCAGAUUUGUGUUGAAUGGAAAGCACCGGCUCUUCCCCGUUUCAGAGGACUGCCUGAUCCUCAACAUCUACAGCCCCGCUGAGGCCACUGCAGGGGCCAGGCGGCCGGUCAUGGUGUGGAUCCAUGGAGGCGCUCUGGUGGCGGGUGCUGCCACCUCCCAAGACGGGUCAGCCCUCGCUGCCUACGGGGAUGUGGUAGUGGUCACCGUCCAGUACCGCCUGGGGUUUCUUGGCUUCCUCAGCACUGGGGAUGAGCAUGCGCCUGGCAACUGGGGCUUCCUAGAUGUGGUGGCUGCUUUGAACUGGGUGCAGGGGAACAUCUCCCCCUUUGGAGGUGACCUCAACUCUGUCACCAUCUUAGGCGCUUCGGCUGGCGCCUGCAUCGUCUCUGCCCUGGUCCUGUCCCCGCUGGCUGCAGGGCUCUUCCACAGGGCCAUAGCUCAGAGUGGGAUCGUCACCAUGCCAACGUUAAUGGAUUCUAACCCAAGGGUCCUGGCUCAGAGCUUCGCGGACUCCCUGGGCUGCAGCUCUGCCUCUUCGGCUGAGAUGUUGCAGUGCCUUCGGCAGACGGCAAACAAAGAGCAGAUCCUUAACGUGAAGUUGGUAUGCCUACCUCUCGGGGGGGCGGUGGCAGGCAAUGGCGCAGAGGGGUCCGUCCAGCUCCUGUGGGAGCAGAGAAGCAAUCAGCAGUCUGGGAACACUACGGCUUCCUACACCGUUGAUGGCACCUUCUUUCCCAAGAGCCCCAUGGAACUCUUGAGGGACAGGCACUUCCACUCUGUGCCCUUCCUCGUGGGUGUCAACAAUCACGAGUUUGGCUGGCUCAUCCCCAGGGGCUGGGGUUUCCUGGAUAAGAUGCAACAGAUGAGCAUGGAGGAUAUAUUGGCCAUGGUGAAACCCUACUUGGCCAGUAUGGAUGUGCCCCCUGAGGUGAUGCCCAGCAUCAUAGAUGAAUACCUAGGCAGCAGUUCCGACACAGAAGCCAAACGCAACGCCUUCCAGGACAUUCUGGCUGACAUCACCAUUAUCUUACCCUCCUUGAAUUUCUCUAGAAACCUCCGAGAUUCUGGAGUCCCCAUCUUUUUCUAUGAGUUCCAGCAUCGACCCAGUUCUUUCACGAAGAUCAAGCCGGAGUGGGUGAAGGCUGACCAUGGGGCUGAGAUAGCCUUCAUGUUCGGGGGUCCUUUCCUUACGGACGAGAACUCCCUGCUGGCCUUUCCAGAAGCUACAGAGGAGGAGAAGCAGCUGAGUCUCACCAUGAUGGCUCAGUGGACCCAGUUUGCCCGGACAGGCCUUCAUUCAUUCCUCCCACCCAGGGACCCCAAUGGUGAGGGGCUGCCUCCGUGGCCCCCCUUCAACCAGUUGGAGCAAUACCUGGAAAUCAGCCUGACACCACGAAUUGGCCAGAAGCUGAGAGAAGCCCAAAUGCAGUUCUGGGCAGAGAGGCUUCCGGCCAAGAUCGGCCAGUGGCAGCAGAUGCGAAAGGCUCAGGAGGAGCUCUGAGGCGGAUCAGAGUCCCAGCAAAGCAGCUUCUUUCUCCCGCUGCUAAGAAACUUUAACUUAAACCAAGCUGAUGUAUAGACAUGUCCCUUAAGGAACCAGCCCCUCUAUGAAUGGCAUUGUGCUCUGUUGAAAUGCCACCUGCUUCCUUCUGCAGGGGCCUUUGUACAAACUCCUCCCUCUUCCUGAAAUGCCUUUCUCCCUUGCUUCAUGGGCAGUCCCAGCUCAUUCUUCAAGCUCCCCAGGGGACCCCCCUCCUCCAAGAAACCUUCCCUGCCUUCUCUGGGCCUGAGUCUGUGUCCAUUACAGCAUAGCCCACUGCAGGCUAGCACCGUCUUUGUCUGUGUCUCUUUCA